AUGGCCGGUUUGGGUAGUCCUGAUGCGCUCUCCGUUCAGCAAGAGGACCUGCUGGUGGCUAGAGUUGGACCGCACUUCGUUGGGCUAUUUUACAAUGCUCUUGAAAACCAGCGAGGCCUGAUGAGAAACUUUUUUGCUGACACCGCGAAGCUGGUGUGGAAUGGCAACACAUGCUACACCAAGGAAGAUAUCGGCAAGUUCUAUGAUUCACUACCGGCUUGCCGUAUAGACGUAAUAUGUGCCGACGGAGAAGCCUUUUUGCAUCAAGGCCAGAGAGCUUUAGGCCUCGUUGUUGGUGGCCUAAUAAAGUUUUUAGACGAUGGCUGGGUGCAGUUCAAGGAAGUCUUUGUACUGACGGGUGAAAACAAUGGUUGGAAGGUGGCUGAGGACACGUUUUGUCUUCAAGGCCCCGUACCGCAGCGUGACUGA